AUGGAUCUGCUGCUGGUGGUGAACGCCAGCCUGGGCGCCCCCAACGGCUCCCUGGCGCUGCCCCCCGCCUCGCCGUCCGCCGCGGCCCUCCUCCAGCCGCCCUCCCCCUACUCGCCGGCGGCCGUGGCCGGCUUGGCGGCCGUGGUGGGCUUCCUCAUCGUCUUCACCGUUGUGGGCAACGUGCUGGUGGUGAUAGCCGUGCUCACCAGCCGGGCGCUGAGAGCCCCCCAGAACCUCUUCCUGGUGUCUCUGGCCAGCGCAGACAUCCUGGUGGCUACUCUGGUCAUGCCUUUCUCCUUAGCCAACGAGCUCAUGAAUUACUGGUACUUCGGCAAGGCUUGGUGUAACAUUUACCAGGCGCUGGAUGUGCUCUUCUGCACCUCCUCCAUCGUCCACCUGUGCGCCAUCAGCCUCGACAGGUAUUGGUCUGUCACGCAGGCGGUGGAGUACAACCUCAAACGGACCCCCCGGCGGAUCAAGGCCAUCAUCCUCACCGUCUGGCUCAUUUCAGCUGUCAUCUCCUUCCCACCAUUGAUCUCCGUGUACCGGGACCCCGAGGGAGAUGUCUUUCCCCAGUGCAAGCUCAACGACGAGACAUGGUACAUCCUUUCUUCUUGCAUUGGGUCUUUCUUUGCCCCCUGCCUCAUCAUGGUGUUGGUCUAUAUCCGCAUCUACCGCGUGGCCAAGCUGAGGACCAGGACCCUCUCCGAGAAGCGUACGAUGCCAGAGGGGUCCUCCCAGACUGAGAAUGGCUUGAGCCGGGCUGCUAGAGGUUGCACUUCCCUGAGGAUGCAGCUGGGAGAGAACGGACAUUAUUCAGUGCACCAGUGGCGCAAAGCCUCUGAGCUGGAGGACAUUGAGCUGGAGGAGAGCAGCACCUCAGAGAGUAGACGGAGGCGGAGUCGGGAGGAGCAUCCCCGCAAAAGCAGCAAGAGCCAGUCCUUCUCCUACUCAUAUUCCUCCAAGCACUCUAGCAGCCGUCUGUCCCGAUCUAGCAGUCGCUCCAUGCAGUUCUUCUCAUACCGCCGUCAACGGAAGCGUAGCAGCAUCUGCCGUAAGAAGGUCACCCAGGCCCGGGAGAAACGCUUUACUUUUGUGCUGGCCGUGGUCAUGGGGGUCUUUGUAGUUUGCUGGUUCCCUUUCUUCUUCAGUUACAGCCUCUAUGGUAUUUGCCGGGAGGCAUGUGAGAUCCCUGAGACUCUCUUCAAGUUCUUCUUCUGGAUUGGGUAUUGCAAUAGCUCCCUCAACCCAGUCAUUUACACUAUCUUCAACCAGGACUUCCGCAGGUCCUUUAAACACAUACUUUUCAAGAAAAAGAAGAAGAACUUCCGGCACUGA